GGGGACCGUGCAAAACCCCAACCCACCUUUUCACGAGUCUCAUCCACUAAACCCUUUGGCUUCCUGCAAGAGACGGAGUAAAUAACUCCAAGAGUCUGAUCCUAUCCUGCAAUUCCUCAACCCACUGUGCUCGCAGUCCCGUUCAUGGCGUCCUCGUGCGAAUCUAUCAUCUAAUUCUUCUUUUGAAUGGUUUUAAAGUUCUGCAGAAAUGUCAUCCUCUUCCCCUUCUCACUUGUUCUCUGUUUCGGCCCAUCUCCAAUCGACGAUUCGUUUAAGAACCCAUUCGUCCGUCGUUCAGGGGUUCAAGGUGUGGUCACUGUAUACAAAGAGACAUAGCUCCAGUUUAAGUUCUAAACGGAAUGCGGCAUUUCAGAACACUAGGCAAAAUAUCUCAUGUGCUGUACACGUGGCUGCCGGAUCAGGACAGUCGGGUGACCCUCAAAAAAUAAAUUUGGACCGCAUAAUGGAUGGGAUGAAAAAAAUUUGGGAUAGUUUUCCUCAGCCAGUGAAGAUCUUUCCUUGGACAAGAGCAUUGGAUAACUUUAUUCAACUCAUCCUUGAUCUUAUUUUGGCAGUUGUCAAGUAUCUAUGCGUACCUUUGCUAGCUGUUACUUCUCUUAGUGAGAUGUCCUACUGUGCGCAUGAAAGGAAGCUGUUUUUGAUCCCUUUUCCCCUACUUGUUGGCUUUGCUGUUGCUGGGGUCUUGAAGGAGACAGCCUUGGAACUAUCUCCACAUCUCAAGGAUGUAGAAGUUCCCUGGCAUCUGCUUGUGGUUGCAAUUUUCUUCACAUUGCUCAAAUUACCAGGCCCAUAUUACCCAUAUUGGGGGCGCAUAUUUAUUCCACAUUUUGCAAAUGGAGGGUUAUUGAGGAUUCUAUGGUUUGCUGUUGCAUGGUAUGGAAGGCCCCGAAAGGCACUGGAAACAAUAAUGCAUCAGAAUUCUGUAGGUGAUAGUUAUUCAGAACCAGAUAAAACUUUAAAUUUAUGAAGCAAUAUACUCGGAGCUGGCGGUACUUGUCAUCAGGCGACGCUCGCCUUUCACCAAGCCAGACUGGACUGACUGGGUUAUACGAACAGUUCAAUCAGUUACUGAAAUCAGGAUAAGGAUUUGAUUAGAGCUUCAUAUGAUUCAUGUCCAAAUCCCAGCUGGGUCGUCUUCAUGAUACAACGUAGCUCGUACCUGGUAAUUGGAAUGCUCAAUGUGUUCUGAAAUCCUCUUCCCCCCCACGACCCCCACUUUUUUUCCUUGGGUCAUCUCUCUCUCUCUCUGAAUUUGUGUAAACUGAGUGAACAACUGGUGGGCGGAGAGAUUUUUGUAAUAAAACCCUAACAAUGAUCGAGAUGAGUUUUUUGUAAUGACGGGCGUGGUUUGGAAAUUUACCAGUUCUCGGAAAAUGUGGGUGCCUGCAUAAUACCACUUCCUGCAAGAAAAUAGUGGAGGGCCUCGGUAGAGUAUGAAACUCUUGUUUGGGAACUCAAAUUUGAUGCAGAGAUUGGAAGAAAA